UUCUCUCUCUCUCUCUCAGGAUGGACAGAACAGAACCGGGCUCACCAUGACGACUCCGGACCAGGAUCAGGAUCUGGAUCAGGGUCAGGAUCAAGUUAGCUAGCCUCAGUUAGAGCUCCAAGUCCAAAGCCAAACCUGGUGUCCUGAACUCGGGGGAUCAGGACCGUGUGUGUGUGUGUGUGAGUGUGUGAGUGAGAGUGUGUGAGUCUGAGCGAUGGAGAGAGGACACCACUCCCAUCUGAGAAGUAAGCCAGAUGUAGUGACCGUCCCGGCUGUGUACCGAGUGGCCCUGUGUGGAGGUACCCAUGGCAACGAGCUGGCAGGGGUUUACCUACUGCGUCAGAACAUGAGGAGGAAGCGGAAGGGUGGCAUGGUGGAUCCGGUUACUAUGGUAACGGUGUUGGCGAACCCACGUGCCGUGCAACGGUGUGUACGUUACACGGAGAUGGACCUCAACCGCUGUUUUACCCACACUACACUGAGUGCCCCUAUCUCUGACGUCACCCCGUACGAGGUUGUUCGCGCCCAGGAGCUGAACGCUUUGCUCGGCCCCAAAGGCGGCUCGGCGGCCGUGGAUCUGAUCUGCGAUCUUCACAGUAGCACCGCGAACGUCGGCCUCUGCCUCAUCGCCCAUUCCGACAGCGACUGGGUCUGCCUGCACAUCUGUAAACACCUGCAGAGGGAGUUGGCCACCAUUCCAGUGCGUUAUGUCCACUAUGAGGUUCCUAAGAGCGAAGCUUACACAUUGCACUCUGUUGGAAAACACGGCUUCGCGAUGGAAGUCGGUCCUCAGCCCCACGGCGUGAUCCGAGCCAACGUUUUUACCGCCAUGCAGGAAGCUGUUCAUCUGACGCUUGAAUGGGUUCGUCUUUUCAACUCAGGAACCCGGUUUGAGAGCGGCUCGGUGGAUGUUUAUACGAUGGUGGACAACAUUAAAUACCCUCAAGAUCCUCACACGCACACCAUCACGGCUGCAGUGCAUCCGGAACUACAGGAUAGAGAUUUCUGCCUCCUGCAUCCGGGUGACCCGGUCUUCCUCUCCUUCUCCGGAGAGACUCUGAGGUACAAGGGGAAAGAGGCGCUCUAUCCGUUCUUCAUCAACGAGUGUGCGUUCUACGAGACGGGCGUCGCUCUGUCUCUAGCGAGAAGAAGGAAGGUGGAGAUUCCAGCCAUCCAGUGCAGCAACAGAACAUGAAAGACAGACCCGAUAAUGAAAGAUACAAAGACUUCUUGAAGGUUGUCAUUCAUGCCACUACUCAUUACCACUCCAAUCCCUGAACGUCAAAACCUCCACCACCAAGCUCCGUAACCUUGACCCCUGAACACCAACCCUAUCCGUGAUACAUCAUUUGUUUUUAUUAGAAUGCUAAAGUCUGCACAUGUUUAUUCAGUCGUGUCAAUGAUGCGAAUGGUUCAACAUCUGGAAUUUCCCAUGAAGACCUGAUGAAGAGCCUCAUUGAUUGGAAAAGCAGCUUCGGUCUCUACCUACUUAUGUUGAGGUGGUACUCUAGAUUGUUACUUAAAGUGCCCAUGAAAU